CCCAGGCAAGGUCUGCACGAGCCACGGUGCGCGAUGAACGGCCAGUCCUCUCCUGCGGAUGCCCCGGCCUCCCAGGGCACCGAGCAGGCCACCGCCCCCCAGGAUGCGAAGGCCAUGCUGGGAGGCGGCACCGCUCCGGCAGGAGCCUCCCUGGCCAUCGCCGGGGUGUACGUGGAGGCCUCGGGGCAGACCCAGAGUGUCUACGCGGCCAUGCAGCAGGGCCUCCUGCCCGCGGGGCUUGGGCUGGCUUUGCUGGAGGCCCAGGCAGCUACCGGGGGCCUGGUGGACCCCGCCCAGGGCCAGCUGCUCCCUGUGUCCGAGGCCCUGCGGCAGGGCCUGGUCGGGCUGGAGCUGAAGGAGAAGCUCCUGACCGCCGAGCGUGCCGCCACCGGGUAUCCCGACCCCUACGGGGGCAGGAAGCUGGCCCUCUUCCAGGCCAUCGGAAAGGAAGUCGUAGACAAGGCCCGUGGGUGGAGCUGGCUCGAGGCCCAGCUGGCCACGGGGGGCCUGGUGGACCCCACGCAGAAGGUGCGCGUGGACCCCGGGCAGGCCUGCCGGCAGGGCCUCCUAGACCAGGAGACCUGGCACGGCCUGACGGAGCUGGAAUCCAGCCCGGACGGCGGCACGUUCCUGGACCCCAAUACGCUCGAACGCCUGCCCUACGGCACGCUGCUGAGCAGGUGUGUGCGGGCCCCCGGGUCAGGGCUGGCCUUGCUGCCCCUCAAGACCACCUUCCGUACCCUGGCUGGGGCGGCCAGUGUGGCCGAGUUGCUGGAGGCGGAGAUCCUGGACGAGGAGACGGCGAAGGGCCUGCAGGAGGGCACGCUGGCCGUGUCCGAAGUGAGCCUGCGCCCCGAGGUACGGCGCUACCUGGAGGGGACCGGCAGCCUGGUGGGGGUCGUCCUGCUGCCCGAGGGCCUCAAGAAGAGCUUCUACCAGGCCGCCGCUGAGCACCUGGUCCCCAAGGGCGCUGCGCUUCCGCUCCUGGAGGCCCAGGCCGCCACCCGCACGCUGGUCGACCCGGCCACGGGCCGGCAGCUGCGGGUGCCGGAGGCGGUCAGGGCCGGCCUGGUGGGCCCAGAGCUCCACGAACAGCUCCUGGUGGCGGAGCAGGCGGUCACGGGCUACCAUGACCCCUUCAGCAAUUCCCAGGUCCCCCUCUUCCAGGCCAUGAAGAAGGAGCUGAUAGACCGGCCCCUGGCCCUGCGCCUCCUGGAGGCGCAGCUGGCCACGGGCGGGGUGGUAUGCCCAGCCCGCAGGCUCCGGGUGCCCCCGGGGGCCGCCCUGCGCUUCGGCUGCCUGGACGAGGAGACGCGGCAGGACAUCGCACGGGCGCCCGGCUUCUCAGACCCCGGCACGCACGAGCGCCUGCACUACGCGGAGCUGCUGGCCCGCUCCGUCACCGACCCCGAGACGGGGCUGGCCUUCCUGCCCCUCCCAGGGGCGCCCUCGGGAGAGGAGCCCCGGGGACCCGCCUUCAUCGAGCACCGCACCCGGCGGGCCCUGAUGGCCGCCACCGCGUCCGUCUCCGUGGGGAGGUUCCGGGGCCGGCCGGUGUCCCUCUGGGAGCUGCUCUUCUCGGAAGCGGUGCCCGCGCCGCAGAGGGGAGCCCUGGCCCGGCGGCACCAGGCGGGGACCCUGGCGCUGGAGGAGCUGGCCGCUGAGCUGAGGGCCAGGGUGGAGCGGGCGGCGGCCACCCCCGCGGUCACCUUCCCUGGGCUGAGGGACACGGUGACGCCGGGAGAACUUCUGGAAGCCCAAAUCAUCGACCGGGAGCUGUGCGAGCGGCUGGAGCGCGGGCAGGCCUCCGCCCAGGACGUGGGCGGCCUGGCCACGGUGCGGCGGUACCUGCAGGGCACGGGCUGCAUCGCCGGCCUGCUGCUGCCGGACUCCCAGGAGCGCCUGGGCAUCUACGAGGCGCGCGGCCGCGGGCUCCUGCGGCCCGGCACCGCCCUCAUCCUCCUGGAGGCCCAGGCCGCCACGGGCUUCAUCAUCGACCCCAGAGAAAACAAGAAGCACUCCGUGGAGGACGCCCUGCGGGCCGGCGUCAUCGGGCCCGACGUGUUUGCCAAGCUGCUGUCGGCGGAGCGCGCCGUCACGGGCUACACCGACCCCUACUCCGGGGAGCGGAUCUCCCUCUUCCAGGCCAUGCAGAAGGACCUCAUCGUCCGGGCCCACGGCAUCCGCCUGCUGGAGGCCCAGAUCGCCACGGGCGGCGUCAUCGACCCCGUGCACAGCCACCGCCUGCCCGUGGACGUGGCCUACCGGCGCGGCCUCUUCGACCAGGUGCUGAACCUGAUCCUCCUGGACCCCGCCGACGACACCAAGGGCUUCUUCGACCCCAACACGCACGAGAACCUGACCUACCUGCAGCUGCUGGAGCGCUGCGUGGAGGACCCCGAGACCGGCCUGCGCCUGCUGCCGCUCCGCGGGGCGCGCCCCCCGCUGGUGGACGGCCCCACGCGCCGGGCCCUCCAGAGCCUGCUGCUCUCGGUGCGGCACGGCCGCUUCCGGGGGCAGAGGGUGUCGGCGUGGGAGCUCAUCAACUCCGAGUACUUCGGCGAGGCGCGGCGGCGGCUGCUGCUGCGGCGGUUCCGGCGGGGCGGGGUGACCCCGGAGGGGGUGGCGCGGCUGCUGCGGGAGGAGUCGAGGAGGUGGGCGGACGUCACGCUGCCGGCGCUGCGGGGCCGGGUGACGGCCCACCGGCUCCUGGAGGCCGGCAUCAUCGACGGGGAGCUCCUGGACCGGGUGCUGGCGGGGGAGCUCGGCCCGGACGCCCUCCUCCGCGCGGACGGCGUCCGCCGGUACCUGCGGGGCUCGGGGGCGGUGGGGGGCGUGCUGCUCCCGGCCUCCGGCCGGCGGCUCAGCCUCUACCAGGCCAUGACACAGAGGCUGCUGCCGCCCGGCGCGGCGCUGGCCCUGCUGGAGGCCCAGGCGGCCACGGGCACCCUCCGGGACCCCCGCGGCGGGGAGAGCCUGUCGGUGGACGAGGCCGUGCGCCGGGGCGUGGUGGGGCCGGAGCUGUACCGCAGGCUGAAGUGGGCCGAGGCCUCCCUCACCGGCUUCAGGGACCCCUUCUCGGGGGAGAGGGUGCCCCUGCUGGGGGCCAUGAGAAAGGGCCUCGUGCCCGCGGAGCAGGCCACCCGCCUGCUGGAGGCCCAGGUCUCCACGGGGGGCGCCGUCGACCCCGCCGGCCGCCACCACCUCCCCCCGCCCGUGGCCGUCCAGCGCGGCUGCCUGGACCGGGAGAUGGAGGCGGCUCUGUCCCGCUCCCCCGAGACCUUCCCCACGCCGGACGGCCGGGGGCUCACCAGCUACGCCCGGCUGCUGGAGCAGGCCGUCUGGGAUGAGGCCUCUGGCCUGCGCCUCCUGCCCCUGCCCGAGGGGGCCCCUCCCGUCCCGACCGAGGGGCAGGUCCGGGAGACCCUGCGGGCCACCCCCGCGGGGGGGGACGGCACGGCGAGCCUCUGGGACCUGCUCGCCUCCGGCCGCUUCACGGAGGAGGAGCGCCGGGGCCUGGUGGAGGCGGUGCAGGUGGGGAGGACCUCCCCGGCGCAGCUGCAGGAGGCCGUGCGCGGCCGGGUGCGGGAGGCGCGGCUGCUGGCCCGGGCCCGGGUCUCGCUGCCGGGCCCCCGGGGGGAGGUGCCCGCCGCCUGGCUGCGGGACGCGGGCGUCAUCACGCAGGACACGCUGGAGGCGCUGGCCGAGGGCUCGCAGCGGCCGGCCGAGGUGGCGCGCGGCCCCCCGGUGAAGGCCCGCCUCUGGGGAACGGGCUGCGUGGCCGGCGUCCUGCUCCAGCCCUCGGGGACGAAGGUGACCCUCUCCCGGGCCACGCGCGACGGCCUGCUCCCCCCGGGCCUGGGCCGGCGGCUGCUGGAAGCGCAGGUGGCGUCGGGCUCGCUGAUCGACCCGCUGGGCAACCGGAGGCUGUCGGUGGAGGGGGCGGUGAGGGCGGGCCUGGUGGGCGGGGAGCUGAGCGAGCCGCUCCGGCAGGCCGAGAGGGCCGUGGCCGGGUGCGUGGACCCCCGCUCGGGGGGCAGGCUGUCCCUGUGGCAGGCCGUGCUGCAGGGGCUCGUGCCCCCGCGCGAGGGCCUUCCCCUCCUGCAGGUGCAGCUGGCCACCGGGGGGGUGGCGGACCCCCUGCACGGGGUGCGCGUGCCCCCGGCCGCGGCCUGCAGGCUGGGGCUUCUGGACGAGCGAACGGUCCAGGAGCUGACGGCCGCCACGGAGGACAGCAAGUUCUUCUUCGACCCCGGCUCCCGCCGCCGGGUCACCUACCAGCAGCUGCGGGAGCGGUGCGUGCAGGAGGCCGGCACGGGCCUGUGGCUGCUGCCGCUCCCCGAGGGCGCGGCGCUGGGGGUGGACGAGCACACGGCCGUGGCCCUGAGGGCCAUGAAGGUGCCCGUCGGCGCGGGGCGGUUCCAGGGCCGCCGCGUGGCCCUCUGGGACCUGCUGCACUCCGAGUACGUGGAUGCUGACAAGCGCCGAGAGCUGGCGGCGCUGUGCUGCUCGGGACGCGCCACGGCCCUGCGGCAGGUGGUCAGCGCGGUCACCGCCCUGGUGCGGGCCGCCGAGACGCGGCCCUCCCCCGCCGCCUUCCCAGGGCUGCGGAAGCAGGUGUCGGCCGGGGAUCUGUUCCGAUCCCAGCUGAUCGACAGACAGACUCUGGAUGAGCUGAGCCAGGGGAAGAAGACCGUGCAGGAGGUGGCGGAGAUGGAGAGCGUGAGGCGGUCCUUGGAGGGAGGCAACUUCAUUGCCGGAGUCCUCGUCCGAGACACGCAGGACAAGAUGAGCAUCCCCGAGGCCCUGCGGAGGGGCCUCCUGCGGCCCGGCACCGCCCUGGUGCUCCUGGAGGCCCAGGCGGCCACCGGCUUCGUCAUCGACCCCGUGCAGAACCGGAAACUGACCGUGGAGCAGGCCUUCCAGGAGGGGAUGUUUGGCAGGGAGACGUACGAGAAGCUGCUGUCGGCGGAGCGCGCCGUCACCGGCUACACCGACCCCUACUCCGGGGAGCGGAUCUCCCUCUUCCAGGCCAUGCAGCGGGACCUCAUCGUCCGGGCCCACGGCAUCCGCCUGCUGGAGGCCCAGAUCGCCACGGGCGGCGUCAUCGACCCCGUGCACAGCCACCGCCUGCCCGUGGACGUGGCCUACCGGCGCGGCUACUUCGACCAGGAGAUGAGCCGCAUCCUGGCGGACCCGAGCGACGACACCAAGGGCUUCUUCGACCCCAACACGCACGAGAACCUGACCUACCUGCAGCUGCUGGAGCGCUGCGUGGAGGACCCCGCCACGGGCCUCUACAUGCUGGAAGUCGUGAGGAAAGGAGACGCCGGCACGCACGUCGACGGGGCCACGAGGCAGGCCCUGCGCUCCAGGGCGGUGAGCGUGCAGGCGGGCAGGCUUGCCGGUCAGACGGUGUCUGCGUGGGACCUGCUCUCUUCUCAGUACUUUACAGAGGGACAGAAGAGAGAGCUUGUGCAGAAGUAUAAGGCCCAGAAGGUGAGCCUCGAGGAGCUGGUGGAGGUCAUCGUCAGGACGGUGGAGGGAAGUGACAGAGGAAGCCGGGCCGUCACCGGGGCGGCCACCCACGAGGACGGGACAGCGGCGGAGAGGCCCGGUCCUGGGGCGCCGGAUAAGGAGAGUCUGGACGCCCUUCCCAGCCAGGACCUCACCCGGCGGGAGCCCGUGAACGCACAGCUGGAGGGCAGUGGCUGCAUUGCCGGGGUGAUCGCACCCCUGACCCGGGAGGUCAUGAGCUUCGAGGAGGCCGGCAGGGCCCAGCUCAUCCCUGCAGGCUUCGUGGUGCAGAUGCUCGAGGCCCAGGCGGCCACCGGUUGUCUGAUGGACCCCGGCACCCACCAGAGACUGUCUGUGGACGAGGCCGUGGCACGGGGCCUCGUGGGGAGAGAGUUCCGGGAAAGACUGGUGCGUGCGGAGAAGGCCACAAAGGGCUACGAAGACCCCACCUCGGGGGAGAUCAUCUCCCUCUUCCAAGCCAUGCAGAAGAAACUCGUCCCGCGGGAGGAGGCCCUGAGGCUGCUGGAGGUGCAGAUGGCCACCGGCGGCAUCGUCGACCCGUGGCACCGCCGCCGGGUCCCCCCGGAGACGGCCUGCGGGCUCGGCUGCCUGCACGAGGACGUCCUGGCCCUCGUCACGGACCAGAGACACAUGAGGAGAAGGUUCACGGACCCCAACACGCAGGAGAAGGUCACCUACAAAGAGCUCCAGGACAGGUGCCAGCGCGAGGCGUCGGGCUGGGCCUUGUUCCCGCUGGUCAAGGACUUGAAGGAUGCAGACUACGUGGAUGAGGCCACCAAGGCGGCCCUGGAGGCCCAGCAGGUGGAGAUCACGGUGGGGAGGUUCCAAGGCCAGAGGCCUUCGGUGUGGCAGCUGCUCAACUCCGAGUACGUGACGGAGGACAGCAAGCGGGAACUGGUUCGGCUGUACAAGAGAGAUACGGCACAAGCGCUGGAGAAGGUCGUGCAGAUCAUUCUCCGAAUGAUCGCCGAGAAGGAAGCCAGCGGAAGACAGCUGUGGUUCAGAGGCCUCAGAAGCCAGGUGACCGCCGGGGAGCUGCUGCAGUCCGCCAUCAUCUCCAGACAGACGCUGACGGACUUGGAGCAGGGCACGUGCACGGUGGAGGAGGUCGAAAGGAACGCAGACGUCAGGCGCUACCUGGAGGGCACGGGCUGCGUCGCGGGCGUCCUGGUGCCGGUGCCCGGGGAGCCGGGCCGCCAGCAGACGAUGAGCAUCUACCAGGCCAUGUGGAAGGGCGUGCUGCGGCCCGGCACCGCCCUGGUGCUCCUGGAGGCGCAGGCGGCCACCGGCUUCGUCAUCGACCCGGUGCAGAACCGCAGGCUGUCGGUGGAGGAGGCCGUGGCCGCGGGCGUGGUGGGCGGUGAGAUCCGGGACAAGCUGCUGUCGGCGGAGCGCGCCGUCACGGGCUACACCGACCCCUACUCCGGGGAGCGGAUCUCCCUCUUCCAGGCCAUGCAGCGGGACCUCAUCGUCCGGGACCACGGCAUCCGCCUGCUGGAGGCCCAGAUCGCCACGGGCGGCGUCAUCGACCCCGUGCACAGCCACCGCCUGCCCGUGGACGCGGCCUACCGGCGCGGCCUCUUCGACGAGGAGAUGAACGAGAUCCUGGCGGACCCGAGCGACGACACCAAGGGCUUCUUCGACCCCAACACGGAGGAGAACCUGACCUACCUGCAGCUGCUGCGCCGCUGCGUGCGAGACCCAGACAGCGGGCUGCACCUGCUGCGGGUGGCGGGCCCGGACUCCGCCGUGCACGGGCUGGGGGAGGAGCUGCGGGGCGCGCUGCGGGACGCCCACGUGACGCUGGCCUCCGGCCACAGCGUGUCGGCGUGGGAGCUCCUCUUCUACCGCGAGGUGGGGGACGCCACGCGCGAGGACCUGCUGCGCCAGGCCCGGGCCGGCGCGCUGACCGUGCAGGACGUGGGCGCCCGCCUGGCCUCGCUGCUGGCCCGGGCCGAGGACCCGCGCAGGGCGCUGGGCGAGGCCACCAUGGAGGUCCGCGUGGGCCGACUCCGGGGGCCGGCGGUGCCCGUGUGGGACGUGCUGGCCUCCGGUUACGUGAGCCCGGCCGCCCGGCAGGAGCUGCUGGCCCAGUUCAGGUCAGGGGCCCUGGCCUUGCCCACCCUCACGCGCAGGCUGACCACCAUCAUCGAGGAGGCUGAGGACCCGGAGGCCCAGGAGGCGCCCGCCGGGGCCGGGGCCGAGGCCGCCCAGCAGGAGCCUGACGCCCAGCCUGGGCACGGGCCCAGUCCACCAGGGCCCUCCCCAGCCGGGGCCGGGGCCGAGGCCGCCCAGGGGCAGCAGGAGAGGGCUCUCCGGGCAGCCAUGCUGCAGGUGCACUCGGGGCCACUGCGGGGCCAGCCGGUGUCGGCCUGGGACGUCCUCUUCUCUGCCUACCUGAGCCAGGCUCGCCGCGAGGAGCUCCUGGCCCAGCUGGCGGCCGGUUCCCUGCGCCCAGCCCAGCUCGCCGCCCUCCUCACCCAGAUAGUGGAGGAGACGGAGGAGCGGCUCGGCAAGGUGACCUUCCGCGGCCUGAGGCGCCAAGUGUCUGCGUCCGAGCUGCGCACCUCGGGGAUCCUGGGCCCCGAGACCCUGCAGGACCUGGCCCAGGGGACCACGACCCUGCAGCAGGUGACGGAGAUGGACGAAGUCAAACGCUACCUGGAGGGCACGGGCUGCAUCGCGGGCGUCCUGGUGCCGGUGCCCGGGGAGCCGGGCCGCCAGCAGAAGAUGAGCAUCUACCAGGCCAUGUGGAAGGGCGUGCUGCGGCCCGGCACCGCCCUGGUGCUCCUGGAGGCCCAGGCGGCCACCGGCUUCGUCAUCGACCCGGUGCAGAACCGCAGGCUGUCGGUGGAGGAGGCCGUGGCCGCGGGCGUGGUGGGCGGUGAGAUCCGGGACAAGCUGCUGUCGGCGGAGCGCGCCGUCACCGGCUACAGACCCUACUCCGGGGAGCGGAUCUCCCUCUUCCAGGCCAUGCAGCGGGACCUCAUCGUCCGGGCCCACGGCAUCCGCCUGCUGGAGGCCCAGAUCGCCACGGGUGGCGUCAUCGACCCCGUGCACAGCCACCGCCUGCCCGUGGACGUGGCCUACCGGCGCGGCCUCUUUGACGAGGAGAUGAACGAGAUCCUGGCGGACCCGAGCGACGACACCAAGGGCUUCUUCGACCCCAACACGCACGAGAACCUGACCUACCUGCAGCUGCUGCGGAGAGCCGUCCUGGAUCCGGACACUGGGCUUCUCUUCCUGUCCCUGUGCACGCGCUGAGCAGCUUGGCGUGUCCCCCUCACUUGCCGAGA